CUUUAUGUAACCAUAGAAACAUCUAAAUAUCAAGCAACACAGCACUUCCCAUAAACAGAAGCCCUACAAGUUAAAAGGAGGAACAACAAUGGAAAGUAGCAAUGAAGGAUAUAAGUUUCUGGUUAAGAAUGGGACAGAAAUUAUUGACAAAAUAGCUAAGGACCCACUGACCAUGGCUGUUGCGUUGCGAGCAAAAGGGUUUGUAUCAGACGAAGUGGUGAGUGAAGUCAAUGAACUGAAUGAAACUAGCAAGAGUAAAGCAAGGAGGCUAUACAACGAAGCCAAGAAAGAAGUACACCACUACCCGUACAAAUACCAAGUGUUUAUGGACAUUCUUGAAAGACAUGACUUACAAGUAGAGAUAACUAAGAAAAAGAAAAAGUUGGUUGACUACUGCAAAGGUUGCCUUACGAUUUUCGGCAUAAUUCUGAUUGGCAUUGUUCUAAUGUAUUUCAUAGCGCAAAAAACAAAGUUAGUGAGAUAUUCAGAAACCCUACCAUAUCCUUCAAACAACUUUGUCGGACGUGAAAACGAACUACAAAACUUAACUGAGCAAUUAAAGUUCGAUGACAGUACUGUACGAGUUCUGAACAUCAUAGGCCCUCCAGGAUUUGGAAAAUCAACGCUAGCAAUCCACCUCGGACAUAGACUUAUCGAUCAAAAGGUGCAUGUCUACUAUAUCAACAUGGCUGAGUUUUUGGAUAGGAAUGUUAAAGUAGUACUAGCCGAAAAGAUUCUUGGAAGUAAGAAGCGUCUAAGCUUUGACAAACUUUUAAAGUGGGUUAGAGAGAAAAAUGGAGAAAAAUUUGUCUUUAUUCUUGAUAACUGUGAUGAGAUACUAAACGAACAAGCGAAACGUUUCCAACAAAUGAUCAUGAAAAUCAUUCAAGCAUCUACCACCGUCAAAAUUAUUACAACAAGCAGAGAAUUUACACUGGGCCUUGAGUAUUAUUCGUACCAACUAAGGGAGCUAAGCCCUGAUGGAGCUAUAUCACUAUUAGAUCAAAAAUUGUCUCAUUUAUCACUAUCGUUAAAGGAAAAAGAGAGAAUAGCUGAAUUAACAGGAAACGUUCCUCUAGCACUUCAUAUUGUGGCAUCUUUGCUCCUUCAACCACACCCCCCAUCGCCAGCAAAAGUUAUCGAAGAACUUGAAAAUGACCCACUAAAUGUACUGAGUCCACAAGAGCUUCCUGCAGAGCAUCAACUAAACGCAUCCAUCAGUCUGUCAUACAAGUACCUGGAAAAAAGUCAUAGAAGAGCUGCCUAUUUUUUAUCACUAUUUCCCGGGUCUUUUUCAAAAACAUCAGCAAUCGGUGUAUGCUUAGAAUAUCAAAAGUCUAAAGGCAUUGUCAGUGACUGCGCUUUACUGAGUGACAGUAUAUUGAAGAACUUAGUCCAUCUCUCUCUUUUAGAGUAUAAUGAACGAAGUAAGCGUUAUCUGUAUCACCGAUUAAUAAAAGAGUAUUUUGUGGCCAAAAUAACUGAAAAUGACAAUGCAAACAUUAGCAGAGAGUUUAUGGUAGGUUUUAGGUACCACUUUUUAAAGGAGCUACAUCAACAUACGAUUGACUUUGAAACAAAAUAUAUUAAUUCUCUAAAAUUUUUGGAUGCUGAGAGGCACAAUAUACACAGCUUGCUCAGAGACAUUACAGACCCAGGCAAACUCCCGAGACGCUCUUUAUUGCUCACAAUUGAUUCAGUAACGCAUGCACUACAAGUAGGUUAUUUGAACUGUCGUUUUACAACAAAGGAAUUACGAUCUGUUCUUAGGCCUACACUUGAUUAUUUGGAUACCAAUGUAAGGUUAUUUCUGCUACGUGCUGGUACAAAAGAAAGUCGCGAUCUAAACGACAAACCUUUGUUACUGAAGGAGUUCUACCAGCGUACAUACAUUGAACUACUUAUAAUGUAUUCUGAGCUAAUUGAAAAUAAAAAAACUGCUUCAGCAUUUAUGGAAAAAAGAAAAGGGAUGGUUGAAUUACUGACUAAUGAUGUUGGAUCGUACGCAGAUAAGGGGUUUGGCAUUAAUGACCCUAGACUUAGCCCAAAUGCACUAGUACUAUCAGUUAUUUCAAGACACCGUUCCUUUUUUAGAAGCCUUGGAGACCUUUACCUCGCACUAAAUGAACAUUCAAUGGUUGUUCAGUGUCACCUUCGGCUCGUUAAAGGUGCUGAAGAUUGUGAAGAAAAACACUGCUUAUACAAUGAAAUUGCAUUAAUGUACUGGGAUGCCAGAAACUAUGAAGAUGCUGCUCAAUUUUUCGAGCUUUCACUACAACAUGAUUUAAACAGUGAAAUUUCAAAAGCUGAUACUUUAAUGAAAUUGAUCCCUUCAUACAAGUUACUUGAAAGCAACGAGUGGUUUUGGGAGAGGAAGAAAGAACAAGGAGCCAUUGAUCGCCUAUUGGAUGUGUGCAAACAAAUCAGGAACAUGGAAGAUGACCUGGCUAUAGUCAACCACUGGGACGUCAUUGUGCGAAUCAUAACAGUUUUAAAAGAAGGUGGCAUAGAUGUUGAGUUUAUUAAAGAUCGGAUGUUUUCAGCAAUGUCAGCACCAAAAAUACAGUUUCAGCUACAACCAAAGAAUGCUCUUAAACUUUUAAAUAUUGCUCAGAAAAAUGAUUCCAGAACUGUUGAAUGGGGAUUACUUUUACUAAAAUCGCUUAAAAACUACAACAAUUUUUCUACCAAUGAGCAACAUGAGGUUUUGGAUAUGCGCCUAAAAGUAUCUCUUGCAUUACUUUCAACCAACCGUACCGAGGGAAUCGAAGGUAUAGAGAACAUUUAUAGACGAAUUAUGGAGAGUGAUGAUACCCAAAAAGAGAGUUUAAAAGAUCUACGCAGGCAUACUUGUUCAAGCUUAAUACUGGCAUCUAAAUCGUUAGGAAUUAUCAACAAGUACAUUUAUCCCUGCUAUAAGGAUAGUGUUUUGACUCUCAUAGAAUUUGUCCCUAAACUUUAUCUUUACAAAUUUCCAACAAAAUUCCCGAAGCAUCUUGCAUAUGCCAUCUUUGUUAUUCCACUGGAUAGACAUACUUUCAGUUAUGAGAGGCAAGACGUGUUCAAAACUGCUAAAAGGCAACAACAAACAAGAAGUAGUGAUAUGAUAUCUCUUGAGCCUAAUGGAAUCGCAGACAUUCUCAACAUUCAGAUAGAAUGGAACUUUCUCUACUAUCAUACAUGGUGUAACCAACUCGAAACUAUCUGGAAAACUCUCAAAUCUGAUAUACUGCUAAUUAUCAUCAAUGUAGCAUCUGUGCUAGUCCGGCUUUGGAUAUUUUUGACUGCUCUUUUCACCUACUUGGGGUUUGCAUUAAUAUACCUCUCAUUGUAUCUUGACUAUUUCCAAAUUGUACUCUAUACAAUUAUUCUAAAUGACAGCACAUCAAGGACGUGCACGUUAUACUUCAUUAUCGGCUAUAGUAAUGUGCUAAUAUUUCUAUCUAAACUCCUAUCACGGUGUUUGCAAAAUUCUUGGGGAUAUUUUUGGAUUGAAUCAUACAUUCGAGUCUCUCCUUACAACUUGGCACAGGUACAUCCAUUUCGAAUUGAACACUAUGCCAAAUUAUGUUCAGACAAGUGCCUUUCUACUAAAUAUAAUUAUGGCACUGGAAUUACUAAGUUAAUGCAGUUUUUAAAAUCUCAUCCAAUUCUUGAUGAAGGAACAUAUUAUUUUUUUCUAGGAUUUUCUAUGUAUCUCAUUAUAGGACUACCACUACAAUGGUACUUAUAUUUGGUACUUAUAUUUGGCUAUUCUAUCUAAUACUUAUAUCUUUUAAAUUCAUCUUAUAACCAUGCAUGAUUCUUGUGUUAUUAAACUGUGA